AUGGUUGCAGGCGCCGUCAUCUCAAGCAACCCGCUUAAGCUCGACUACCGAAGCCACAGCAAGUGCCUCGCGAUUUGCGCAGUCAUUACCGUCUCAAGUUUCCAAUAUGGGCUUGACUAUGCACUUAUCGGCGGCUUCAUGGCAAUGCCGGGUUUCCUUCAGGUCUUCGGAUAUUUCGACGAGACGACCCGGACGUGGGCGAUCGACACUACAGUCCAGCAGCUUAUAUCGUCGCUCAUGACUGUUGGCACCUUUGUAGGUUCACUCUUGAUAGGCCCAUUCAGCAACCGUUUUGGGCGAAAGAAUGGUCUCUGGACCGCCUCGGCUUUGAACGCAAUUUCGACCGCAAUCAUGAUGGGGACUACGACGGUGGGGCCGCUUUACUUUGCGCGUUUCUUACUUGGCAUAUCCGUGGGCUGGUUUCUCACUUUUGGCCAAGUUUAUAUCAACGAAGCAGCACCAGCACAUCUGCGUGGUAUCGUGUUCGCGGUGUACCAAACACAACUCAGUAUCGGAUCCGUUGUAGGCGCGGCUGUGGACUAUGGGACACAUAAAAUGGCGGACAAGAAUGCCUACCGAAUUCCCCUAGCACUCUUCUUCAUUGCACCAACGAUCCAAUCGAUCUCGCUCAUUUUCUUCCCCGAAAGCCCCCGGUGGCUGAUGGCACAUGGCAAGGAAGAGAGGUCCGAGUCAGCCUUGAGAAGAUUACGAAGCAGUACCAUCGAGGAAGCAGCUUUUCAAGCAGAGUUGAAUGAGAUACGAAUCUCCACGAGGCAGCAAGUGAAUCAAAGCAAACGGAAUAAGAAGCAGCUAUGGCUCGAGAUUUGGAACAAGAGCAACCGUAGAAGAACGCUACUUUGUAUUGCUGUGGUGUGCUUCCAUUGUGCUGCAGGAUCCUCUUACUUGACGAUAUACACGACUUAUUUCCUUACAACAGCUGGAAUUCCGGCAGACCGCUCCUUUGAGUUUUCUACAAUGAUAACGUGCAUGGGCUUGCUUGGGAUUCUGUCAAGCUUUUUUUGGGCUGAAAAGGUCGAUCGUCGAGCCAUCUUUAUGAUUGGGGUUGCUUUUUGCGGACUCACGCAAUUGAGUUUUGCCAUAACCUGGACUGUAACUCCUGGCACCGAGACAGCUGGCAAAGCUGUAGUCGGUCUUAUUGCAAUCUUCACUUUCUUUUACACUGCCUUCGGGCCGUACGCAUGGAUGGUAGGCGCAGAAUAUCCCAACAACCACCUUCGUGCUCAUACCUUUGGGCUCGCCACAGCUCUGAACUUCCUGGGCAACUGGAUUGGAAUUUUUACUGCUCCUUAUUUUAUUAACCCUGCCAGCUUGGGAUGGAGUGCAAAAUAUGGAUAUAUAUGGUUCGCAUCAAAUGCGAUUGUAUUUCUAUUCAUAUACUUCUUCCUACCAGAGACGCGGGGUCGUACUCUGGAAGAGAUUCAUGAAAUGUUCGAGGAGCGUGUUCCGUCUAGGAAAUUCAAAGGCUUCUUGUGUGCAGCAACGCAGGCGAUGGCGAUUGAGGCAAUUGAAAAAGAGCGAAACGCGCACGUUGAAGAGGCUGAUACGCCAUAA